AUGGAUAAGAUAAGUCAAUUACCUGAUGACCUUCUCCUGAGAAUAUUAUCGCUACUGCCUACUUCUAAAGAUGUUGUGGACACAAUGGUUUUGUCGAAACGAUGGAAGUUUCUUUGGAUGUUUGUGCCGAGGCUUUUGUACGAUGAUAGCCAUCAGGAUACUGAUUAUGCAAGAUUUUCGCGGUUUGUAGAUAGGUCUUUGAGCGUGCAUAAGGCUCCAGUUCUAGAAACUUUGCAUUUCAAACUUGGUAAAAUCUGUGGUGCUGGAGAUGUUCAUAUAUGGAUUAGAGCUGCGGAUAAAUUCUCUGUGCGUGAGCUGAUUAUCGAAAUCGACAGUUCUUCCAGUGCAUCACCAGCCAUUCUUCCAAGGAGUUUGUACACAGAGAGCAGCAUGCUUGUUACAUUGAAACUAAAUAAUGCGAUUCUUUUGGAUGUUUCUUCCUCAGUUUCGUUCCCAUACCUCAUAAAUUUGAGCCUUUUAUCCGUGAAGUAUCCAGGCAACGAGUUUGUCAACAGUCUUUUAUCAAAUUGUCAUGUUCUUGAAGAUUUGGUUGUGGAACAAUGUCCAGAUGACAAUGUGACCAUUUUCACCGUUAACGUUCCUUCUCUCAAGUAUUUAGAUUUGCAUACAUCAGAUGACAGAGUCGUAGAUUUUGCUCAUGGGUUUUUGAUAGAUGCUCCUAAUCUGGAGUGGUUUGAUAUACGUGAUGUUACGGGUGGGUUUUGUGUCAUUGAGAAUAAUAUGCCUAAUGUUUCAGAGGCAUAUAUUGACGUCACUUAUACUCUUCCUCGGGAGAUUCUGAGUUGUAUUACUUCAGUCCAAUAUCUCGACUUAUGUUUACUAACAUCACAUGAUGCUUAUCCUGUUGGUAGUAUCUUCUGCUGUCUUGUACGUUUAACGAUAUGCACAUGUGAGACAGAAUGGUUGAAUCUACUCAUGCGCGUGCUUAAAGAUUCACCUAAAUUAAAAUCUCUCAAACUUGAACAGCACCAUAUACGUCGAGCUAACCAACUACCCAUAUACUGGAGUGAACCAAGUUCUGUUCCUGAAUGUGUGUCCGGGAAUCUUGAAACUCUCGAAUGGUUAGAUUAUGAAGGAAGGGAAGAAGAGAAACAAGUGGUGGCAUAUAUCUUAAGAUUCGGAAGCUGUUUGAAGAAGGUUACUAUAAAACCUGAAUCCACCAGCUACGACCGCGACAAACUUGUAAUGAUCAAAGAGUUGUCGUUUUUGCCUAGAAGUUCUCCUGCUUGUCGGCUUUCGUUUGACUGA